AUUUCGAACCAUUCUUCGGCUGUAUUAGCUUCCUGAAUUGUUAAUUUAGAAUCAUCUAAAGAGGAAUUUAACUAUCAGGAUGGCCAAUAUUAUGAGGCGGACCUUAAUUCCCGGACUUUCUCACUUGAGGCUGCGGCCACAAGUGGUUGCAUUAGGAUCGUCCGCGUUAACUUCUCAGGAGACGCGUCGGGGAGCCGCAAAAUGGUAUCCGGACCCUGAGUUUAUGAAGCAGUUUAGCGGCCCGGUGAUGUAUCCAGACGAGGUCACAUCGCUCUGGAAAGUGCCACCAUGGAACAGCAAGGUAACGCCUGUAGAGAAGUCUGUGCGUAAUCUGACCUUGAACUUCGGCCCACAACAUCCCGCCGCCCACGGGGUCCUUCGUCUUGUGCUGGAGCUGGAUGGAGAGACCGUCAUGCGUGCUGAUCCGCAUAUUGGGCUGCUGCACCGUGGCACCGAAAAGCUUAUAGAGUACAAGACAUACACCCAGGCAUUGCCGUAUUUUGACCGUCUUGACUACGUCUCCAUGAUGUGCAACGAGCAAUGCUACUCGCUGGCUGUCGAAAAGCUCCUGAAUAUCGAUGUGCCUCUUCGUGCCAAGUAUAUUCGAACUCUUUUUGCUGAGAUUACUCGGAUUCUGAAUCACAUUAUGGCCGUCGGAACACACGCCUUAGAUGUUGGUGCACUAACACCUUUUUUUUGGCUAUUCGAAGAGCGAGAGAAAAUGAUGGAAUUUUAUGAGCGAGUUUCUGGUGCACGGAUGCAUGCUGCCUACAUACGUCCUGGUGGAGUGUCAUUGGAUAUGCCUGUUGGUUUGAUGGACGAUAUCUAUGAGUUUGCAUUAAAGUUUGCCGAGCGGUUGGACGAAGUGGAGGAUGUGUUGACUACAAAUCGAAUCUGGGUGCAGCGAACCGAGGACAUUGGGAUUGUAACCGCAGAAGAAGCCUUGAACUAUGGCUUCAGUGGAGUCAUGUUGCGUGGGUCUGGCAUUAAAUGGGAUCUUCGAAAACAGCAGCCGUAUGAUGCCUAUCAUUUGGUAGACUUUGAUGUUCCCAUCGGCACCAAGGGCGACUGCUAUGACCGAUAUCUCUGCCGGGUCGAAGAGAUGCGCCAGUCGUUACGAAUAAUUGAUCAAUGCCUAAACCAAAUGCCUGCUGGAGAAAUAAAAACGGACGAUGCCAAGGUGGCGCCUCCGUCACGGUUCGAAAUGAAAACAUCAAUGGAGGCACUUAUUCACCACUUCAAGUUAUUUACCCAAGGAUAUCAAGUUCCACCCGGGGCAACAUAUACGGCAAUAGAAGCUCCGAAGGGUGAGUUUGGCGUUUACCUUAUAUCAGAUGGUUCCAGUCGUCCAUACCGCUGUAAAAUCAAAGCUCCUGGAUUUGCUCACUUGGCAGCUUUAGAGAAGAUUGGAAAGCAGCACAUGCUAGCCGACGUCGUUGCAAUAAUUGGAACUUUGGAUGUCGUAUUUGGGGAGAUAGACCGAUAAUUCUUUUAGAGAAUGUACGCCCUUCCUACUCUGUACGAACCUGCUUAUAAGUAUAAAAAUUAUAAAUACUUUAAAAAUCAAAUAAA